GGAGGAGGAGGAGGAGGAGGAAGGGGAGGAGGAGGAGGAGGAGGAGGAGGAGGAGGAGGAGGAGGAGGAGGAGGAGGAGGAGGAGGAGGAGGAGUAGGAGGAGGAGGAGGAGGAGGGGGGGGAGGAGGAGGAGGAGGAGGAGGUGGAAGGGGAGGAGGAGGAGGAGGAGGAGGAGGAGGAGGAGGAAGGGGAGGAAGAGGAAGGGGAGGAGGAAGAGGAGGAGGAGAAGGAAGGGGAGGAGGAGGAGGAGGAGGAGGAGGAGGAGGAGGAGGAAGGGGAGGAGGAGGAGGAGGAGGAGGAGGAGGAGGAGGAGGAGUAGGAGGAGGAAGGAGGGGGGGAGGAGGAGGAGGAGGAGGAGGAGGUGGAAGGGGAGGAGGAGGAGGAGGAGGAAGGGGAGGAAGAGGAAGGGGAGGAGGAAGAGGAGGAGGAGAAGGAAGGGGAGGAGGAGGAGGAGGAGGAGGAGGAGGAGGAGAAGGAGGAGGGGGAGGAGGAGGGGGAGUAGGAGGAGGAGGAGAAGGAGGAGGAAGAGGAGGAAGGGGAGGAGGAGAAGGAAGGGGAGGAGGAGGAGGAGGAGGAGGAGGAGGAGGAGGAAGAAGAGGAGGAGGAGGAAGGGGAGGAGGAGGAGGAGGAGGAGGAGGAGGAAGGGGAGGAGGAGGAGGAAGGGGAGGAGGAGGAGGAGGAAGGGGAGGAGGAGGAGGAGGAAGGGGAGGGGGAGGAGGAGGAGGGGGAGUAGGAGGAGGAGGAGGA